GUUUUGUGUUCGACCCUUAUGUUUCAUCAUGUAGUUUUGAGUUAGAAAUGUAUGUGGACUAAUCAUUGGCAUGGAGGCCAAAUUAAUGUAGUUUUGUACUUUUCAACUGUUUUCCCUUCAUAGCAUCAUCAUUUCUAAUGAAUAACAUUAGGAAUAAUGUAAUUUUUAGUGAAUUCCUAAAGACAACAAUGCUACAUCAUUAAUCUCUUUCACAGUAUUCUAACACAUAAUUUUGGGUUUUUAAUCUGUAAAUUAUAAUUAUAAAAACUGUAAGAAACAAAAGCUUGAAAUAUAUCACUGAUGAUUGUAUAUACUGGUAAUAUGAGUUUCACUUUCUGAGAUGAUUGACAGGAAAUAUUGCACUUUUAACAAAAUAUAUAAUUUUUAGAUGGACCUGUAAUUAUGGCUUUAUGUUAGAUUUUACUUUCCUUAAAAGUCAGGUUUAUGGCAAGAAGCCAACCAAUUUAAAUAAAGUCCAUGCAGCAAGAAGAUCCUGGAAUACCAGCCUUCUUCCCAAAGUCCAAAAACCUAAUGGUUAAUCUAAAUUGCCAUUUUGUAUGAGUGUGUAUAUUCAUGGUUGUUUGUCUAUGUUGCCCGACGGACUGGUGAUCUGUCCAGGAAAAGAAGCUGCCAUAAGAACAAAUUUUAGACACCUAAUACACUUUCAAUUUAUUGACCGGAGGCAAGAAUUAAUGUACUUCACUUGCUGCACACUUAUCUAUUUGGCUAAGAGGCAAUAACCAUUGACUGUUGCUGUUGUUUUUAACUUCUCCUUCCCUCUAGGCUCCACAUCAUGUGCCGGCGACUGAAAAAGGAGCGGACCCAUCGGCCUCUUAUCGUGAGGGCGGUCCUGUAUUUGGUAACUGUCUUGAAUUUGAUUAGAGGCUCACUCUGCACCUGUGACUGUUGUUUCUGGGACAUGAUAUUCAGGGAGGAAACGACGCCAAAUUGCACACUUUUUAUACAGCUAGUCAAGCGUUUUCUGAUUGGUGAGUAGGCGCAUUCGCCUUUGGAUCUGAGGGGAAAAACAGAUGGAGGGGAUGCUGAGUUUAAAAUCUACUUCGCCCAGUUGUUCAUCCAGAGACCCCUCUCCUCCAUCUGUGCUGGAUGGUCAAGAAGCGUAUGUCCAACCAUCUCCUGUGGCUAAUGGUACAGAAGCACCACCACCACCACCCCCACCCCCUCCUCCAGCACCUCCACCUCCUGCAUUCUUUGGCUCUUGUGAUAUCCAAAGACGUUCCAUGAAAAAGCUGAACUGGGACACACUGCCUAACCAUCAUGUGUUGGGUAAGCUGAACGUGUGGACAUCCAAACGGACUCAGAGGGACCUGGUAUUGGAUAUACAAACCAUGGAAGAGUUAUUUAGUCAUGAUGACAAAAGCGCAUCGCUACGGGCUUCAAAAGUCUUCAGUUUAAGUAAAAGUGAUGGGAUGAACUUGUGUGGACAGGAGUCUCAGGUGACGAUAUUAGAUUCCAAGCGGAGCAUGAAUAUCGGGAUCUUCCUAAGACAUUUCAAAAGGCCUGUAAGUGAAAUAGUGGAGGACAUUCGUCAGGGGAACUGGCAGAGGUUUGGAAAUGGCAAACUAAAAGAGCUUUGUAAGCUUCUACCAGAAGAAAGUGAGGUAAAACAGCUGCAGUCAUACAGAGGUCAACUUUCUGUGUUAACUGAGGCAGACCAGUUCAUGGUACAGCUCAUGAAAGUCCCUAGCUACGGGGAACGUCUAAAAGUGAUGCUUCUGAGGGAGGAGUUCUUUCCCCUCAUGGAGGAAGUGAAGAAUGCCAUUGCGGUCAUGAUCAAAGCAGCUAACGAACUGUUGGAUUGCGAUGACCUCCAUUCAGUGAUUCGUCUAGUAUUGAAAGCUGGGAAUUACAUGAACGCUGGUGGUUACAGUGCAAAUGCCGUAGGAUUCAGGGUGGCUUCCCUGCUAAACUUGGCCGACACCAAAGCCAACAAGCCUGGCAUGAACCUCAUGCACUACGUUGCCAAGCAAGCAGAGGAGAUUGAUGCCGAGCUGCUGACUUUUCCCAGCCAACUUGAUCACAUUGGGAUGGCAUCAAGAAUUUGUAAAGAUGACAUAAUCAAGGACUUGAAGGAGGAAAUCCAGAAGAUGGAAGAAGUUAAACUGUUUAGCAGCAUACACCCUGGCCUCUUACAACAAAUAGAUCAAUUCCUGAAGAGGGCAGAUACUUUGCUUGCAGACGUUGACCUGUCCCUGAAUGAGCUGAAGGCUUUAAGUGAUGCUGUUGCAGGGUACUUCUGUGAAGACCCAGCUACUUUCAAACUUGAAGAGUGUUGCUCCAUCUUUUACUCAUUCUGUAAAAGGUUUGACAAAGCUGUACAGGAAAACAGAGAGCGAGAAGCUGUUGAACAUAGACACAAGCGGUCGGAGAGCAUGCAACUAGUUGCUAAACGACGCUCUGUGGCAUCAUGUUCAGCACUUGACCCUACAGAUGACUCAUGCUUAGAGUCAGCAUUGCACAACCUUCUAUCCAAACCCCCAUCUGGUUUAAGCAGAUGUAGGAAGAAUUACCAACCCCAGGCUAAAGGCUUGCGUUCUGAAUCCUGUUCUCAAACUUCACAAAAAGAAAUGCCAAUUCCUUGCAAAACUACAGACAGCCCCGAGAAGAAACAAACUAAGCUACUUAAAGACGUGGAUUUGGCAAAAUUGGAGGAGGAAGAAGCCGAAAAGAUGCGUGAGAUAACCCGAAAGGUGCUUUGCUACCAAAAUGUCAAAAGCAACCGUAAUGAUGAGAAGGUAUCGGGGAGUCCUCAGCAUUCGAAAGGAGAACAGGAUGAGGCUAGUACUCCACGUACCCCUUCACCUAGAAUUAGGGACUACUUCUUUACCAGUAAUGGUAAUGUGGGAUCUCCAUGGACUAUUCUCAGCCCCAUAAGUUGCUCUCCAAGAAGCAACAGCCUGCGAGGCAAAGCCCGCAGAGGAUCAUCAACAUCUUCUGGAAAUGAUCCUGAUGAUGGAGUCUGGGAGAUUGAUGAAACCAACUUGGAAAAUUAUAGUAGUCAGGAAAGUCUAACUUCUCCUUCUGGGGGGUCUGCCUCCCUUCCUGGGUGCAUCGGUCAGAGAGCAUUGUCACAGGGACCACUGCUAAGGUCGGCCUCCGUGGAUCAAACCCUGCGCUCUCCUGGAAUGGGCUUCCGACUGAGAUACUUGUUCCAGAGGAGCAUAUCUCAAAGAUCCUUCUCCUCUGAAUCAAGAACGGGAGAUAUAAAGGAGAGAAGUGACAGAAAGGUGGAAAAUUAUGCUGAGGGGUCAUCUGGAUUAAAGUCUUUGUUUAAACUUAUUGGAAGCAGAAGUAAACUUUGCAAUUUGGAUGAGAAAACAUGAAAUAAUUAGCUGCUGCUAAAGUUUUAAAGAUGAAAACUAGGCUUUGUCAGUUUUUCUGUGUUUUAUAUGGCUAAAGUUAUGUUGAAUGUUUGUCAUUUUAUAUGUCAUGCUUUUACCCUUUAGAUUACAUAAGGCAAAUAGGGACUUGCUUUGCGCUCUGAGGGUGUCUUUUUUUUUUUUUUUUUUUGCUUUGUUUAUUCUUUUGGGGGAGAGGGGAGAUGAAACAAAUUCUGAAAUUCAUGCAAGUGUUUGCUUUUAUUGUACAUUAAUAAAAGGAUAUUACCCUA